AUGCAUACGCGACUACCUUCAGCAAGAUCCUCUUUGCUCCGACGAUGGGUGCUGUUCUGCCAAUGUCCCUACAAUGUACUGGGUCAUGGGACUAGGCUGGUUGGCUCACCGCAUAUUGCCCUACCUCAUGCACCUCGCGUCUCGAUUAGAGUCCGCUGCAGGCGCGCAGAACAUGACCGAACAAUCCCCUUUCUGUCAGAUUAUGGACUCGUAGAGAAGCUGUGGCAAGCCAUCAUUGGUAAGCUGCAGUAG